UAAUCGAGCGACUAUCGCGCAGCAGGAGAGCUACAAGAUGGCGCAGGCAAUAUUUGAAGUGCUUGAAGGCAUGGACAACCAGACAGUGUUGGCGGUCCAGUCUCUGCUGGAUGGCCAAGGCGGAGUUCCUGACCCAAACAACCAGAAUGUCUCUGGGACGCCCACUAUCCAGUCUAUGGACGACGAGGACGUGUUCCUGUGUGGGAAGUGUAAAAAACAGUUCAAUUCUUUGCCAGCCUUCAUGACACACAAGAGGGAGCAGUGCCAGUCUAGCGCCCCCUCCCUGUCUACGGUGUCCUUGGCCUCCACUAAUGCCUACACACCGGUCCCGUCAAUCAGUUCUGGACCACAGACUCCUGCCAACAGACAGGUGUCCACCUACAUCACAGUCCCUCCCUCCCCUCUGACACACACUCUGGUCCAAGGCAACGUGCUGGUCAGUGACGACGUUCUCAUGUCUGCUAUCUCAGCCUUCACCUCCAUCGACCAGCCCAUGGCCACCAUGCAGACGCCUAUACAGAGUAACUUGAGCAUGCACACAGCUGGUGUAUCCUACCUUCAGCACCAUCACCACCACCACCACCACCAUCAUCAUCAACAGCAACAGCCACAAUCCACCCACUCACUGCCCUCAGGCCAAACACCGGCCCACCCCCUCCCUGCUGGCCAGCCUGCCCAGCAGCCACUCUCCUCUCAAGUCCCAGCGAGCCACAGCAACUCAGUAGUCCAGGUGUACAGCACACUGCCCCACAUGGCAGGGGUUGGUGGUGGCGGCGGCGGCGGCGGUGGUGGUGCAGAGAUCCACACCCUGGGUCUGCAGCCGUUUCAUCCUGUACAAGUGCCCAGUCAGUGUGUGGAGAGCCAGUCAUUCACUACCCCCCCUGUCUACAGCCCCGGGAAACAGGGCACCAAAACAAAGACCUGCAGUAUCACCACCAACCUGACAGAGCUGGGCGAUUUUGAAAAGGUCAUCAUUCCCAAACGACCAAGGAGUAGCAAAAAGAGCCCUGAUGGAGCAACAGCAGAGCAGCUGAAAGGAAAAGGUCCAAAGCUGAAGUGUAAUUACUGUGACAAAAUCUUCUCAAAAAACUUUGAUCUUCAGCAGCACAUUAGAAGCCACACAGGAGAGAAACCCUUUCAGUGUAUUGUCUGUGGCCGGGCCUUUGCCCAGAAGUCCAACGUGAAGAAACACAUGCAGACACACAAGGUAUGGCCUAUGGGUGUAGCCAGCACAGUGUCAAGAUUACCAGUCACAGUUAAGGUGGUCCCAGUGUCAUCCAACGAGGAGGAGGGGGGCAGGGAGCAGCAGCAGCAGCAGCAGGGUGAACAUGAGGAGGAGGGGCCUCAGCAACAGACCAGUCAAACACAAGCAGAGGAAGAGGUAGCUCAAUCAGAAGCUGGAGGGGAUUUGGAGGAGAGUGUGAUGGAGGUUCAGGCUGAUCCGGAGGGCAGUCAGGGUGAAGCCGUGCAGAACGGGCAUCCUCAGGCACAGAUACACUCCAACCAGAGCCAACAGUGCCAGGCUCAGACCAAACAGAUUGUUGUGAUUGACAGCUCCUACCAGUGCCAGUUCUGCGCCAGCAAGUUCAAGACAUACUUCCAGCUCAAGUCCCACCUGACCCAGCACAAAGGGGAGCAGGUUUAUAAGUGUGUGCUGAAGUCCUGCUCCCAGACUUUCCAGAAGCUGGAUCAGUUUUUGGAGCAUAUCAGGACGCACCAGGAGCAGCUGACCUACCGCUGCCACCUCUGCAGUAAGGUGUUCCCCUCGCUGUUUGAACUGGGGGUCCACCAGUACUCCCACAGCUUCUGCCCACAGCAGAACACACGCAAAGAAACCACCAUCUACAGGUGUGUGAAGUGUCAGAGCAGAUAUUCUACCCAGGAGGCACUGGAACAACAUCUUCUGACUGCCUCACACAACUUUCCCUGCCCACACUGUCAAAAGGUGUUUCCAUGUGAAAGGUACUUUAGACGCCACCUCCCCACUCAUGGAGCUGGAGGGAGGUUCAAGUGUCAGAUCUGUAAGAAGGCCUUCAAGACUGAGCACUACCUCAAACUCCACACACGUAUUCACUCAGGUGAAAAGCCGUAUAAAUGCUCCCUCUGUGAGGCGACAUUCAACAGGAAGGACAAAGUGAAGCGGCACAUGCUCAUCCAUGAACCUUUUAAGAAAUACAAGUGUCCCUUCAGGACACAUGUAGGCUGCACCAAAGAAUUUAACAGACCAGACAAACUCAAAGCUCACAUCCUGUCACAUUCUGGUAUCAAACCCUACAAGUGUCUAUUUUGUCAGAAGGCGUUCAGCCGCAGGGCUCACAUGCUCGAGCAUCAGCAGUCCCACACAGACAACUACCGCUUCAGAUGCUCCACCUGCAACAAGGGAUUCACCAGACAGAGCUAUUAUAGAGACCACAAAUGUCCCGCAGCAGGGAAUGGGACAGGAACUGAAGGAGGAGAGGCUGGAGAGGCAGAGGAAGAUGAGGUUGUAGGAGUAUCAAUGGUAGAGGAGAAGGAUGGAGAGGAUGACGGGAGAAGAGGCAGGUUCACAAGAGAAGCAACAAGCCUGGGGACUGGGAGAGAUGACAGAGAGGAGGACGAAAGGUUGAAGGGCAGCCACGAGCAGGUGGACAGACACAGGGAGGAGGAGGGGAUGGAGGAGGAGGGGGAGCAGAGGAGGACUGAUGAGGGAUGUCGGGCUGCAAUGUCCAUCACCAUCAUUGAAGGGCAGACGGGAAGAGAGGAGGAGGAGGACGGGGUGGAGCAUGGCAGCGGGGCACUGGAGCAGAUUCAGAGCAAUGACCAAAACUGUUUGCAGCAGCCAUGUUUGUAGUUUUAAGUAUAAUCUUUGUAUGAAUGUUUCCUAGACAUGGAUCAGCUAACAAACUCAGUUAUCUACAGUGAGAGUCUGGGAAAUUAUUUCAUUAUUUGUUUUAAAUUAAAACACUAUUUAUAUUAUAUACAGUCAUUUUACUUCAUUUUCUGUUAAUGAAAAUGAUUUGUGGGAUAUGUUACCUGGUAGAUCUACACUGCAGAGAUAACCAGCGAACCAUUUCCAUGUUCUUUAGUACAAGUUUUGUGCAACUUAAACCACAGUGCUCAAAUGGCAACAUUUUCUCUACUUUCAUGUAGCAAAAAGUAAAUUAUUUUAAGUUUGCUCAUGUCUCAAAGAAUAUUUGUGUCCUUUGAGUAAAAUUCCACCUCCAAAACUUUA